AGAAGCCAAAAUCCUUAAGCCCCCUACUAUACUAUUACCAGAUAUAACCUCCUUAAGCUUGGGCCCUCAUCACAGUAUCUCUGGUAGCGUCCACUUCUGCCGUCACCAUUGCCACUCCCGUCUCCCUUCACAUGUCCCGGGGGUAUAUAUGUCGUCGGAAGCACGCCAACAGAACACCCCACCAAAAAACCAUUUUGCGCCUCUGCACACGAAUAACCGUCGACUCUUCCUGCUUUCGGUGGUAACUGUUUUUGCCGCUGCGCUGGUUGCCAUUUUCUGGCCCGAUACCGUCAAUCUGUUCGCUUUUCGUCGCUUUUUCGGUUCUUCCUCGAGGACUGCCGCUGCUACCAGCUCUGUAGCUGGGUCACUUUCUGCACCUGCUUUAGCAUCGUCGUCUGGGAUUGCGGAUCAAUCGGAGGUCAAGAUGAAGACGCCUGUUUAUUUCCUGAGUCAUGGUGGGCCGAAUAUUAUGUACAACGUGGACCACCCGGCGUAUAAGAAGUUGAAUCAAAUCGGACGGGAGAUUACGACAAAGGUGAAGCCGCGCGCUGUGGUGGUGUUCUCGGCUCAUUGGCAGGGUGGGAGGGAUACCAUCUAUGUGAACACUGCUGAGGAAACGGAUCUGAUAUAUGAUUUCUAUGGUUUCCCGGAUCAUUACUACAAGGAGAAGUAUCCCAAUGUGGGCAGCAAGGAAGUGUCGCAUAAAGUGCUUGAUGCGCUGAAGGAAGCCGGUAUAGAGGCGAAGGGUGUGAAGCGCGGGUUGGACCAUGGUGUAUGGGCCAGUUUCAAGUGCGCAUUCGAGCCCGACUCGAACCCAUUGAACGUCCCCGUCGUGCAGGUCUCCCUCUUCGACACCGAGGACCCGAAUCAGCACUACCGCCUCGGCCAAGCUGUCUCCCGGCUGCGCGAGGAGAACAUCCUAAUCAUCGUCUCCGGCAUGGCCGUGCAUAACCUGCGCGACUUGCGGUUUACAUUCGGGAAUCCGCGCCCCAUGCCGUACGCCGUUAGCUUCGACGAGGCGCUUAAGGACGCUGCGACAACCGCGCCUGCUGAGCGGGAGAAGGCUCUAACCGAUCUUCUGAAGCGUCCUGAUGCUCGCCAGGCUCACCCUACAUUUGACCAUUUGCUGCCUAUUCACGUUGGAGCAGGUGCGGCGCAGGAGGAUGUGGGUAAGAGAAUCUGGACGUUGCCAGAGGGUAGCAUGAGCUGGGCGCAGUUUCGGUUCGGAGAGCUGAGUAAUGCUAGUACUUCGCUGUAGCGGUAGUCACACACACAAUGUUUUGAAUAGAAUGCAUAGCAUAGCAAUAGGCGAAAAUGAGCAUGGAUGGAAUUGAUUGGAU